AUGACGCCCCCCUCACUUGUACACCCCACACCUGCUGAACCGCCGACACCAGGUAAUACCUGGGUACCUGUACCUAGCCUCACAACCAUCCACAUGCGCCUCUGCCCGUCAUUUGACUGCCUGGCUGCCAGUCCAUCUUCUUCAAUCUCUCCACCAGCCGACUCUCACCGCCAAAACACACGCAGCCGCCGUCGCAGCCACGUCUAUUCACUACCACCGCCUUCCGGCUUUGCGCAAAGCUCUCGUCGCCAGGGGCCGUCCGUGAUGGCGAGCCCGGCGCUCAACUUCAUCACCUUCAAUCAGGACCACAGCUGUCUUGCUGUUGGCACCUCGAAAGGCUUCCGGAUCUACCACACCGACCCAUUUUCCCGCAUCUUCACGAGCGACGAUGGCAAUAUUUCGAUUAUCGAGAUGCUUUUCUCUACCUCUCUCGUUGCUUUAAUUUUGUCUCCCCGCCACCUUGUUAUACAAAAUACAAAGAGAGCUUCGGUAAUAUGCGAGCUCACAUUUCCUUCUGCCGUUCUGGCAGUGCGCCUCAACCGCAAGCGCCUAGCCGUCGUACUUGAAGAAGAAAUUUAUCUAUAUGAUAUUAGCAACAUGAGCCUCAUCUACACUAUACCCACAUCCCCCAACCCCUCGGCCAUCUGCGCAUUGUCGCCCUCGUCCGAAAAUUGCUUCGUCGCAUAUCCGCUGCCAAAGCCACGAGAAGAUGCCGAUGCCAGAAGGCCUGCUCAUGCGCCACCGCAAUCGACUUAUGUAACUCCGACUGUGGGUGACGUUCUGGUUUUCGAUACCCUCACUCUGAAAGCGGUCAAUGUAAUCGAGGCACAUCGCUCGCCAUUGUGCAGUAUAUGCCUGAACAACGACGGAACACUACUUGCGACGGCUAGCGAGACUGGCACAAUUAUUCGAGUGUUCUCUGUUCCCCGUGGACAGAAACUGUAUCAGUUCCGUCGCGGAACUUAUCCAUCAACCAUAUACAGCAUGUCCUUUAACUUGAGCUCGACGCUUCUCUGCGUUUCUUCCACUUCCGAUACCGUUCAUAUUUUCCGUCUGGGAGCACCGCCAGGGCACAGUACCCCAGGUGGUGCACCGAUUGAGCCUCCAGGGUCUCCUAGGCAAGAUCGCUGGUCGCGUGGCCGACACCAGGACGAGGGAGGCUCCCCAGGCGACAGCGCCGCCGAAUCGCCUAGAAGUGAGGUAGCAGAGCUUACAAACAGCCCCGUCAAAGUCGCCAAUCGCAGGCAGAGUGGCUCCUUUAGCAAUAUGCUGCGUCGUUCAUCCCAAAUCAUGGGGCGAGGCGUCGCAGGCGUGGUGGGCUCUUAUCUCCCACAAUCAGUCACCGAGAUGUGGGAGCCCAUCAGAGAUUUUGCAUUCAUCAAGAUUCCCAAAUCAACAGGUUCACCCAAUACUUCGCGCUACGCUGGCGGCUCGCCUGCGGGCCCUCUGCGCAGCGUUGUCGCCAUGAGCAGUAGUAGCCCUCAGGUCAUGGUAGUGACCAGCGACGGCGGGCUUUACGUCUACAACAUCGACAUGGAAAAUGGCGGUGAGGGUUAUCUCGUUAAGCAAUUUUCGUAA